AUGCAAAGGAGUUGUGGUAAUGAGGGAGACACCCCGCCCAGGAGCUUGGGGGGGGGGGAUCGUCUCCGGAGCAGCCUGCGGGGGGGGGAGUGGGGGGGCGGAGCCACUCCUCACCAGGCCCUGCUCCCCCCCCCUGUCUCCACAGCCCCCCAUUUCCUAUACCAGCAGAAGUGUGAGUGCAGCUUCGCCAACGGGACCGGAGGGGAGGUGUGCUACCUGGAGAGGUACUUCUAUGGCCGGCAGGAGUUCGUGCGCUUCGACAGCCGCCGUGGCUGGUUCGAGGCCGUCACCGAGCUGGGCGAGCCCAUCGCCCAAAACUGGAACAGCCAAAAGGACUUGAUGGACUACGAGCGGGCCCAGGUGAACACUCUCUGCCGUUACAACUACGGGGUGAUGGAGACAGGGCAGAUGGUGGGCAGGACAGUUGAGCCCCUGGUGAAGAUCUCCCCCACCAAGGGAGACCCCCUGGCCCACCACACCCUCCUGAUCUGCACCGCGGCAGGAUAUUAUCCCCCCGCGAUUGACAUCAAGUGGCUGAAGAACGGGCAGGAGCAGACACAGGGGGUGGGAUACGAUGAUGAGAUCCAGAACGCAGACUGGACCUACCAGUACCAGGUGAUGCUGGAGACGGUGCCUCAGCGGGGAGACGUCUACGCCUGCCAGGUGGAGCACAAAAGUGUGAAGGAACCCAUCAGCGUGCAGUGGGAGCCACAGACGUCGGACUCUGCCAAGAGCAAAGUGUGGACAGGGGCCGUGGGGGCCAUUCUGGGGCUGGUCUUUGUGGCCGUGGGGCUUUAUCUGUACCUGAAGAGCAGGAAAGGUGAGGGGCUAGAGGGGACUCCUCAGUUAACCCUUCCUGCCCCAGGAUCCUGCUGGCUGGAAAAACAUUUCCUACAACCAAGGCCCUCUUUCCUUUCCGUGGAGGAAGCAAAAUGCAAGGAGUGA